CUCGUAGCCUGUGAGAUUUCACCUGUGACAAACUAGCGCAUAAUAAUCCUAAUGAGCAUAUUGACAACUAUGUGAUAUAAUGCUGCUACUUUUUGGGUGAAGAUGCAGAAUUUUGCGUCUCCAUUUUUUCACAGGCAGCUUCUGAUAUUCCUAUAUGCAAAUCUUAGCCUUCAGGUCCAAGGGUAUAGUUGUUCUUCAUGAGUACUGCAUUAUUCAACUUCAAUAAAAGUAUAAAAACAAUCUUUUAGACUUGUGACAAUAAUACUACUAAAGAAGGCCUAAAUAAUAUUACUACGUUCAAGUAACAACAAAUCGUAACUCAUAUAUCGUCAAAACGCUGUCGAAGACAGACCAUAUAGAGACUAGGACACGUUGCUUGAUUUCGCAAUAUAGAAACUUCUAUUAUUUCACUAAUAAGUGUAUGGAUCAAAUUCUCACAAAAGUUACGGCGAGUGCUGCGACAUACGCGACUGCCUAUGCGAUUCGAACAGGAGUGAAUUGGGCAGGAUCAUUGGCAGCAAAACGUCUCACAAGCUUCAUUCAGCAAUCUGCUCCUGAAUCUUCCCAAUCUAAUUUGGAGCUUGUAAAAUCAAGACUAGAACAGAAGAUCCUGGCUAUCACACCUGCUGUUGACUUGAUUGAGCUCAUAGCUGCGCGCGGAAAUUCUAGUUUACAAAACCUCGUACCUCUAAUUCAAAGACUUCGAGAUCACAUCAAUGAAUUUUCUGAAUUCGUAAAUGAAAAGGAUUUAUUAAAUCCAGAUCAGGAAAAUCUUGAAGAAGCAUCCAAAGACAUUCACACUAGCUGUGAAAGUUUACUAAAGGAAAUUGAGCAGACCAUUCCUUUAAUUAAUCUUUCUCUUACAACUUCAGGCGUGACUUUGAGUUCAGCACUUAAAGAGUCGUUGUCCCCUUCUCGUUUGCUGCAAGCACAAGCUUUUCUAGAGUUAUCAGAUAAGAUUUUUGAAGAAAGCCCCGCGAAUGUUCAGAUAGGACCUAAAUUUUCACUUACGUUUUAUAAAACCUUUCAUCGUUCUAUGCAAAAUGAUGGUCCGUCUGACGUUUCUUGGAAGGAAGAAUAUCCUAAGAGUUUGGUAUACGUGAGAAGAAUUCCUUCUGAGGAGAAAUUUCGAUAUGCAUUGAUAAUUGAAGAAGACUUGAAUGACGGACGAUAUCAUGAAGAACUAGCUGACAAAGCCUUGUCGGGCCCCGUAAAGGGAAAAACUAUAGAAUAUCCUAUUAAUUGUAUGUCUAUAUUGUGCUACACUGUUUCUGGAAAGCUAUUAGACAUACCUCAAUCAAGAUCUCCUGUUCUUGCUGUUCAGCUAAUGCAGCCCUCCCCUGAAGAAGAUACUUUAGGUACUUCAAUUCCAGAAGGGACACCUGCUCCUAUAAAUGAUGCAACAGAAGAAAAGUUAAGCAAAGACACUUUCAAUACUACAAGAACAGACUGGAUUGCUUUAGAAAGGUAUGAAGAUACUUCUUUCGAAGCAUCUUCAGAUUCAGAAAGUGACCUGAAUUCAGAAUCUAGUACAAUUAACGAUUCAGAAGAGCAUACCACAGCAAUAAGCAAGGUGCAGGACAAUCGAACAAUGGAUACAAAAAAUGUUGCUACAGAUGAAGAAGAAAUUGUAAAUGCAAUGCAUUCGUUGAACAUAAAUCCAGCUACGUCACUUUAUUUGUCUAACCCAGAAUCACUUUCUCUAUUAGAGUAUAUCCUGCGUUUGUGUGCUUUGCAAGAGCUACAUCAAAAGGCUUGUAUCGAGAUGAGUGAUGAACAGUUAUCUGAUAUGUUAGUUAAUGCUUGGAAUAAUUAGUUGUAUACGGAAUAAAAACAUCUAGUAAUCUCAAUCAUCGUUUGUCAUUUGU